AUGACAGCUGAGAUGAUUGUGGGAACAGAGAAGAAGGCCCAGACUGAAGAAAAGAAAACUAGGAAAGUACAUACUCUUGGGGAAGAUGCGGUGGGCUGUACUCGGAGUUCUAUCGCUGCUGUGCGCGACGGGCGCGGCGCAGGGCCUGUGGGGCGCAUGGUCGGUGGCAGCACUACGAUUAACUACAUGUUCAACAUUCGAGGCAACAGACGAGACUUCGACAAUUGGGAAGCGAUGGGCAACAAGGGUUGGAGUUACAAAGAUGUCGUUCCUUACUUCAAGAAGGUCGAAGACUUGCGGAUACCGGAGCUUCAGAACAGAGAAAACAGAGGAUACGGGGGACGAAUUAGAACUACUUAUCCACCAUAUUUUUCA